GUCGCCCAGGGAGCUGGUCUACUACACGGCCACUACGCUAACAGCGACUCGUGGGGGGCCGGGGACUACACGCGAUCGACACAUCUUUACAGUAGGCCUAUUUUACUUAGCGAGAACAAUCAAGCCAGCCAGGUUUCUUCGUCUUCGACCACAGUUUGAUGAUAUAAACGAAUGCUUAUCUGAUCCGUGUGUGAAUGGAGGAGAAUGCUCAAACGACCGGAAUCAUUUCUCAUGUUCUUGCCCUAGUGGGUGGACGGGAUCAAGGUGUGAGCUAGACGUGAACGAGUGCUUGUCUAACCCGUGUAUUAACGCAGUGACUUGUGAAAAUCUCCAGGAUGCAUUCCGUUGUUACUGCAAUUCUGGCUGGACGGGAACAAGAUGUGAUAGCGAUUUUGACGAGUGCUCGUCUAACCCGUGCUCCAAUGGAGCGCAUUGUAACAAUCUUCAGAAUGCAUACAGUUGUACCUGUAAUUCCGGCUGGGAGGGAACAAGAUGUCAAGAUGAAAUUGACGAAUGUGAAUCUCGACCUUGUCGAAAUGAUGGUGUAUGUGAAGAUGAGUUCAAUGCGUUUGUCUGCGAUUGCCAAUCUGGUUGGACAGGGACAACGUGUGAAGAAGAUUUUGACGAGUGCUUGUCUAACCCGUGUAUUAAUGCAGUGUCUUGUAUCGAUCUUGAGAAUGCAUUCCAGUGUGUCUGUGAUUCUGGCUGGACGGGAACAAGAUGUCAAACUGAUGUGAAUGAAUGCAUGUCAAAUCCAUGUGUUAACGAUGGUUUAUGCAACAAUCUUCAGAAUGCAUUUACCUGUACCUGUGUAAACGGCUGGACAGGAACGAGGUGCGAGGAAGAUUUUGACGAGUGUUACGUAAGACCGUGUCACAAUGGAGGAAAUUGUACAAAUCUUCAAGAUGCCUUCUCUUGUACGUGUAUGCAGGGAUGGACUGGAUCUACAUGUGAUGAAGAUGUGGAUGAAUGUGCCUUGGGUCAUAACUGUAGUCAGAAGUGCAUCGAUAAUGGCAUGGGUAUGGGAUAUAGCUGUGCCUGUUAUCAAGGCUAUCAACUUCAGCCAGAUGGAACAUCGUGUCAAGACGUGGACGAAUGUGUUGUAGUCCGUGACUGCGGUCAAGAAUGCUCAAACACUGAAGGCAGCUACAUCUGUUCGUGCAAUGAUGGAUACAGUCUUGAUAUCGAUAUGAGGACAUGUAAUGAAAUUGAUGAGUGUUUGUCAAAUCCAUGUUUCAAUGGAGUAUGCACUGAUCUCCUCAGCUCUUAUUCCUGUACUUGCUCGCCUGGUUGGCUUGGCUUCCAAUGUAACAAUGAUAUUGACGAAUGUAGUUCAGCAGACAUGAAUGCAUGUAGUCAGAAUUGUACCAAUAUUGCCGGAUCAUACGACUGUUCCUGUACAGCAGGAUAUGAGCUUCAUCAUGAUGGCACAACGUGUAACGAUAUCAACGAAUGCCUGUUUACCCAUGUCUGUACUCACAUCUGUAACAACACCGUCGGUGCUUAUUUAUGUUCUUGUCACCCGGGCUAUUCUUUGCAUGUUGAUGGAUUUACAUGUAUAGAUAUAGAUGAAUGUGCAUCGUCACCAUGUAAUGAAAAUGGAACCUGGACUUGUUAUAACCUGGAGAACGCCUAUGAUUGUCUCUGUCAUGUAGGAUGGCGCGGCAUGAAUUGUGAACUUGAUGUAGACGAGUGUCAAGAAGGAUCUCCAUGCAACCAAUCUUGCACCAACUCACCGGGUAGCUUUGUGUGUUCCUGUAACCCAGGAUAUUAUCUUGACGUAGAUGGAGUUUCGUGCCCUGAUGUUGAUGAAUGUUCUUCAAACCAAUGCCUAAACGAUGCAGAGUGUAAUAACCUCCUGAACGCCUUCUCUUGUGAUUGCCCUCCAGGAUGGGAGGGCUUCACCUGUGAAAUCGAUAUUGACGAAUGUUAUUCCGGCCCGUGUUUAAAUGAAGGAACAUGCGUCGAUCGACUGAACUCGUUCACCUGUAAUUGCACUGAGGGAUGGUUUGGCACAUAUUGUCAGAGCGGCUACUGUGCGUUGAAUCCUUGUCUCAAUGGAGGUACAUGCAUACCAGCUGAACGACAGUGUGCUUGCUCGUCGCUCUACGCGGGAACAACAUGCAACAUUGACCAAACACAAGAUGGUGUGUCGACCGUUACCACUCACCCUAGAAAUAAAACUGUAGGUAUAUCAGAGAUGGUAGUAUUGAACUGUGAAUUCCAAAAUGUUCAGCACUUUGACUGGUGGAGAGAUGGGAGAAAGGUGCCUGACACCCGUGAUAUAUCCAACUAUGUCAUCGAUGAGAUGAGCCCCCCUGAUCAGGCGUACUAUAGCUGUGUUGGUAUCCCAGAAAACGGACCUCAUAUUGAAAGCAAGCAAGCACUGCUAAGAAUCAGAGAUAUAUCUAUUUUUCAUCUGAAGUUCAGGAUUGUAAGAAAUUUCACGUCAUUUUACGCUGAUCAAGAAUCUUCAGAUUACAAGACCCUUGUGCUUGCUAUUAAAGUAAAGUUCGAGGCGGUGUUUGAGGCGCUUGUCACAGAGAGUGACACCAACGGCACUAUUUACGUUCACGUGAAUCAACUUCUACCAGAUGAUGGUGUGUUGAUUGAUAUGAGAGCCUACAUAGCCAACAGUAGCAUGACUACACAAGAUGAAAUGGACCUGCUGUGGAGUGGAUUAUUUCACGUGGAGGAAGUUUCUAAUGGUUACGUUGACUCUUCCCUCCUUCUGGUACUCAGUACAGUUCUAUGUCCAAACACCUCUUGGCCAUCUUCGUAUGGUAUUGUCCAGUUUUCGUCAGGAGACCUUCAUUCGUGGAGUAAAUCGAGUGGAGAAUGUCCAUGGUUCACCGUCAAUGAUGGAGAGCCAAUAGCACGAGCCGUCUGCUCCGGUGAUUAUAUCUCUCCUUGUGCAUGGGUACCUUCAGAUAACUGCGGUGGCAAUAAAACGGCUGAUCAACUCUUAAUCUACUUACGAGAGAAUCCGACGACUGCUGAAAGAAACACCCAGGACAUCCUGUCAGUGUUGACUGUGAUCUCCCAAGACCCGAAUAUUACUUCUGCCGUUGUCAAUGCUGCAUUUGACAUCCUUCACCAGAGAGGGUCGAUUCCUCAACCAAUGCAAGAGAAUGUUGCAUUUGUCGUCGACAUCUUAAGCAUCCUGGCCACGUUAGAAAAAGGCUUGAUCAUGGAGGCUCAGAUGAUGAAUGGUGCUGUAAGCAGAGCCACCGAGGCCUUGGAGGAAAUCCUUCUAGCCGUCAAUUUGCCUUCCAGCCAGACCUUGCAGUACGUGGCAUCAAACCUCGUGAUACAGGUACUCAACUCUGAGUCUGAUGGUGUCCGUGAUGGGAUUGCCUUCUCCAUCAUCGGCGAUGACAGCCAAUCUUUUGAUGAAAGUGACAUCCAGCUAUCCACCAACAAUCGCGGCAACGGUAAUGUAGGUGGUACUGUCCAAGCAGCUAUCGUCAUUGGACCAGAUAGCAUUGAUGAAGGCACCAUGGGGAAUAUAGCAUUUACUGUUUACCGAGACGAUGCAUUGUUUGUAAUGGACGGUGGCCAAGACAAUCAAGUGGGAAGCAAUGAUGGGCGUCGUAAUAUCACGAUCAAUACUAAUGUCAUCGGAGCGAGCCUCGGUACGAGUGAAACCAAAACUCUGAAUGCUCCGGUCACCAUAACACUGGCACACAAACAGCAAAAUGCAACAAGUCCACAGUGUGUGUAUUGGGAAUAUUCCACUAAUGCUUGGGAAAGCGAUGGCUGUGAUAUGACAAACACUUCUGAGACACAUACUGAAUGCCAGUGCAAUCAUCUUACCAACUUUGCAGUCCUUAUGGACGUAAGUGGCAGCCCCAGACGAUCAGAGAGAGUUGAACAAGUGUUUAGGAUCCUCAGCUACAUAGGAUGUUCUUUCUCUAUUGUAGGCCUCCUGGUGACCCUGGCUGUGUACAUCACUGAUAGGAAACUUCGUCACUUGCAGCACAUCCGGAUCUUAAUGUGUCUCUGCAUCACGCUCCUCUUCCUGUACGUCUUCUUCAUCAUCAUGACAGCACUCGACCGAUAUCCGGAGAACCUGAGGUCGAUCCAGGUCUGUGUGGGGUCAUCGCCGCUGUCCUCCACUUCACCACGCUCUCAUCGAUGUCAUGGAUGGGCGUUGAAGGGAUAA